ACUACAUACAGAUAUAGUCUAUUGUCCUUUUAUCUAUACAAUCUGACAAUUCACGGGAAAGUAAGGAAAGAAUGUAUUUUGAAAUUCUGAUAUGUGAAAAAUGCCUAGUGACGGGUGUUAAAUCAAACUCUUUCCCUAAUGACUUACAGACUUAUGAGUGUAAUUCAGCAAUUUCUGCAACGUUUACUAAUCACAGCUGAGUGAUGGUUCUUUUUCACUGUAUUUUUUUUAUCAUGGUAUAGCCUAUUUCUGUUUAAGCAAGUUGCAAUAAUGGUUUUCUCAGAAGAUAAUUAGAGGAACCUAAACGUAAAUAUGGUGUUAUCAGAAGAUCUUCAGAAAAAGUAUGGCUUCUUGCUACAGCCAAUAAAGGAUAUUACUAAGAAUUGGGAAAUAGAUUUAACACAUGUUUUGGAAGAAUAUAUGGAAGAAUUAGAAAAAAUGACUUUUGAAUUUGACAAUGGAAAAACUGUGCUUAAUUUUGCGGAAGCAUCCUUGCUCAUUCAAGGAACAGCCUGUGUAUGGAGUAAAAAAGUUGAAUACUUAUAUGUUCUCGUAAAACAGACACUAGAAAUGAUCACAAACAGACAGAAAGAGGUUCCCGAUGAAAAUCCCAACAAUUCUUCUAGUGAUAAAACUAUUGAUCCCAAUUUUGACGAUGAUGAAGAAAAAUUGCUAAAUCUGAAUGAUGUUGCAAUAACUUCGAAAAGAGAAUUCACUUCGAAUUAUGACCCAAUUACACCUAUUCCUAUAACCCCUACAGCAAUGCUUGAAAAUGAUAAUGAUGAAAGAGGAAGAUUGAUAUUGUCUGAAAACAAGAAUGACUCCGUUUGUUACACAAAUGAUUUUUGGGAGAAUCGUUUUAUCCCAUUUGAAAAAAGAAUGAGUGUUCUUGAUAGGGAUUCAGGUGGGUUUUUGGAUGAAAUUAUAGUUCCAUCAUUAGAAGAAUUAGAAAUUGCUCCGAUGAACAUUUUUUCUCGGUCUGAAGAACCUGUGGAGACAAAUUCUGUCCAAGAAGAAAUGGAUAAUUUUGGUGGAAUCGACGAGUCCAUGGAUGCAGGAGCUGCUGCUGAUGACAUGGAUGAUGCUCCUCCAUUCGUUAAAAAUAUAGAACAAGAAAAAACUGUUAUAGAAAGAAUGCAGUUAAGAGAAAGGUUUCUUGCCAAGCCUGUACCUAUACAUGAAACCCCAGUUUUUCCCACCAUCCUUGAUCCACAUGAGCAUUGUAGAAUACCUUGCUUUGCGGUCAAAAAAUAUGAAAAAAUCAGGUCUUAUUGUAUUCCAGCUUCCAUUCGCCAAUCUAAAACCACUAGAAAAAGAAAGAUCAACAGCCCGACUGUGGAUAAAGUUGAAGAAAUAUCACUUUUCAUAAUGAACAAAGGUUACAAGAAAAGGAGAGACAUCAAGUAUCAUGAUAAAUGUCUUGAGAAAUUCAUAGCUGGAGAAACUAAAGAAAGAGCUUUACUUUGGAAAAGUAUAAAACUAUUAGCGAUGACAAGUGAUGUUGACCAUUCACUUGGAAUGCCUGGAAAAGAUGUAGGCCCUGAUGCGGUGUUUGGCGAAGAAGAACAACUUGAACCAAUGAAUCAUGACUCGACAAUACAUUCGGAUCAUUUUUCAUCUGACCUAGAUGACCUUAUUGGUGAUGUGAUAGAUAAUCAAGGCAAGGGGAAUCAUACUGCACAUGAAACUGUAAGCAGUCCCAUUUCUUAUGAAGACCUCGUUCGCCACCAUGUUGAAAUGUUCUAUUCUGCUGCUAGGCGAUUCAAAGAAGAAACUGCGUUGUCACAAAGAGUAAAGUUAUGGGAUGAAUCUAUUACUCCACGUCUUGCAGAACAAAAUUCAAGACCGGAAUUUGACAUCCAUAAGUAUGGAGGAAUGAUGCUGAAAAAAUUUGAAAAGCCACAAGAUACUAAAUUAUUUGAAGAUGCUAUUGAAUCGCCAAAUUCAUGGUACAUUUGUAGACUAUUUGCAGCUACAUUGCAGCUUGUUAAUGACAACAAUUUUCUUAUAAGUAAAGAUUCUGAUUUCCAAAAGUCUGUUAACACAAUGAAAUUAACGCUGUUGAGUCAUCAUAGACUCUGUGAACGUUUUGAUGAUUAUUCUUCGAAAUCCUAAA